ACUCCGUGUACCACGUUGCUUUGGCGCUUUAAAACUCACAAGGCUUAAAGUUAGAGAGCAACAAACAAGGAACUGUCACCCCCCUCGUGGUGUUUUUGGUUCAGAGAAUCUGCUCAGUUUAAGUGUAAAUGGGAAAAAGUUGCGUGCAGGCAGCUUGAAGAGAUAGUUGAUCACAACCUGAGUCAAACACAGCUCUGCUACUUUUUUUUCUUCUUCUUGAAAUCCACAAAGCCAUGGAGAGGGGAUUACAUCGCCGGACAUCAGUUUGGGGAGACAAGAGCAUGCUUUGGUUUCUCUCUGCAGUGUUUUCCGUAGCUGCAGCCACAGGUGAGACGUCCCACUCCCACCCCACAUUGGGUGUCUCUGCCCCCCACCUGUACUACAGCUGUCCUGAGGGUGCAACCGCCAAACUGGUGUGUAUCCAGAAAGGUGCCACUUUGUACCCCAGUGAUGUUGUGAGGCGCAGCUGGCUUUUCACACCCCACAGCGACCAGCACUGCACGGGAAGAGAGGGCCCACGCAAUACGGCUUUCCAUGGCAACCACACCUUGCCGCCAGGAUUGCAGUUUGGGCAUGCUGAGCAAAACUUAUGGGUGGUGCUGCAGAACGUGACCCACGCUGACCAGGGUCGCUAUUGCUGCAUGGUCCUCGACUUUAAGGUGGAACAUAAGCAUGGCUCGCUGGUGCAGAAGUCCCACAGCCACAUUAUUCUCCAAGUUACACCACGGAGAAAUGGACCUCAGAAUUGUACUGUCUGGGAUCCCACACCAACUGGAGGCACCAUGCCAGCGGUCUUGGCCAUAGCUGCCUGCAUCUUGGCUCUGCUCUCUCUGCCUCUUAUUCUGGUGCUUGUGUACAAACAGAGGCAGAACGCCCAGUCAAGCAGACGUGCACAAGAGCUGGUGAGGAUGGACAGUGAGGCUCAUGGACAUGAGAACCCAGUGUUUCUCGGGGAAUCGCCACAGAUAAAGACCCGGACUGUUUCUCAAAUCAUGACCCGGCAGUCCUCUGAGACAGGCCGACACCUGUUGUCUGAGCCAGGAACACCUCUUUCUCCUCCCACGCAUGGUGAUGUGUUCUUCCCAAUAGAAGACACCAUCCCUGAGUCUCCAGACUUCCUGCAGGUUUAAAGAGGAGUGAAACGUCAUUCGUCAUUCUUACUGCUGAUCUGGAAACAGUCCUGCACCUCUCUUCCUCUUCUCUCUGUCUCCAGAGCAAUGUUGUCCUUAUGAGCUGUCUCACAAUAACCUCUGCCAGCAGUGUCGUCUGUACGCUGUCUGGACCGCAGGAGGGAAAAGGACUGCAUUUUUGAUUACAAAAACAUUUCCACCUGAAACAACAGCUGGAGGCCAAAAGUGGACUUCUGCAUGUGACUGCUUGCGUUACGGCGUUGGCCGGGUUUGUAUUUGAUAUUCCAUCCAAACGCUGAAAAGGGCUCACAGACCAUCAGGUACACUGGCCUGGUGAGGCCUGCUGCUUAUGAUGAGCCUAGAAUAUUGAGGAUGGGAGUCCUGUCCUGUGCAGGGAUGGCAUGUUCAGAGUGCUAGACUCCUAUCACAUCUUUUGGUGCAGUUUAAACCAACAUUUACUUAUUUGAUUUAGUUCUUUCAAGUACCUGUGCACUUUUUUUAAUUCAAAACCCAAAGAACUUUCAAUGCAGGCUUCCUGUAACUUACUCUCACUGGCCUAGUAUGUGGACGUAAGCAGACUGACCACAGAACUGUGUGAUAGAAAGUGCAUCGAUAUAUAUUUGCUGAUUGUGGGAACUGUCAAAGAAGGAAGCUCCCAUAAAAUGAACAAAGAUUAUUUGGUAACCAUGCGAAUGUAAUAUACUGUCCACUUCAGCACAUCCCCAGAACUAAAAGACAACAAGAUAUGUUAAUAUAUUUAAAAUUAACCACAGGUGUGAAAGAGAGCUAAUGCUCACCUCUCUUUAAUAGUCCAUACUGAUUUAGCCUCAAUUAUUAGAGAAAUACCAACAUUCUUGCACAAGUUCACAGUAAUUUCUUUUUUAUGGCAUUUCAUUGUUCCUCUCUGCCAUUUCUACUUGGUGUUGGCUGUUCUUUCUUCCCUCUUUGCUACCUCACUGUCAGCUCUGUUUUCAAUGCUGUCCUUCCUUUCUGUGUUCUCACAAGUACAGCACUUCACAGUGGCCUUAAAUGUAUUCAUACAGUGCUGAAAAUUGCAAAAAACAAAACAAAAACAAAAAAGAACUAAAGUCUAAAAAAUAAUUUUUGUAGUUAUUGAUUGUCAUGCUUGUGUACAGUUUAAGAAUUAAGAGUAAAUUGUUUAUUGUUUUUUAUCUUGAAUGUAGCCUAACAAAUUUUUAAUAAAAAGAUACCAAACAACCACAACAAAGAGCUUUCAAUAGUUUAAUCACUGCAAUCACAACGCUGAUUUGUGACUAAUUUUAUUGUAUUUUUAGUUAUAGUUUACUGUGGUAAUGUAUAUAUUAGCUUGUGUGUGCAAUGGGAUUGAUAAGAAGUAAAUACUAUGGCUAUGGGAAUGGCUUUACAAUGUUAACCAAAGGCAAAGAAGUAAAUGCAAACGACUGCAGCGUUGAUGUUACUUAAUCAAAGUGUGAUUGUGUGAAACCACUGGUGGAUUUUUUCAUAUUGAGGUAAAACAUGUAAAGCAGGUGCUCAGCAGAAAUGAUCUCCAAAAUGAUGUGUAGCAGGUAUAUAGGUCAGGGUAUUAUGUAUGUAUGUUUUUCUUUGUUUGGAAGAGAUGUUUUAAUGUUUGGAUACUUGUGAUAUUUGUCUUUUCAUGUGUGCCUGUGUACCUGUUUGUGUGGGUGUGCUUUCAAAUAUAAGAUUAAAAUAACUUUGUGGUCUGGUUGAAUUGCAUGUGUGCGUGCAUGUUAACUUGAAUGCAAAUUUUAAUUUUUAAAUGGGAAGAAGUUUCUAUUAGACAUAGAUGCAGUAAAAGUGCAUUUGUUCUGUAUAUUGCUUUUAAAUUGUCAUGUUUAUAGCUUGUGUAAUAAAGUUAAACCUUAGAACCUUG